AUGAAACUACUAACACAAGAAGAAGCACAAAAUGUCGAUAUAGAGCUAUUUAAUGACUACAAAUUCAGCGUGGAUCAGUUGAUGGAAGUGGCUGGACUUAGUGUAGCUGUUGCUGUUGGUAAAACUUACAAAGCCGGAAAUGUUCUAGUCUGCUGUGGACCAGGCAACAACGGAGGUGAUGGCUUAGUAGCUGCAAGACAUCUCUUAUUAUUUGGUUUUCGACCAACAAUAUACUAUCCAAAACGACCCAAUAAAACAUUAUUCAACAACCUUGUUACACAAUGUCAAAAAAUGGAAAUUGAAUUCCUUGAUGGAACCCAAUUAUCUGCGGUGACUGACUUAGAAGCAAAGUAUGAUUUAAUUGUCGAUGCAUUAUUUGGAUUUAGUUUUAAAGGUAGUCCAAGACCUCCUUUCGAUGAUGUGUUAAGUAAAUUAAAGGAAUCGCGAUUACCUAUCUGUUCUGUUGAUGUACCUUCAGUAGGAUGGGAUGUAGAACGUGGAGACCCAAAUGGUAUUCAGCCUGAUAUGUUGAUUUCCUUGACAGCACCUAAGUUAUGUGCUAGAUAUUUCAAUGGUCGAGUUCAUUACCUUGGAGGACGCUUUGUUCCAAACACUUUACAAAACAAAUACCAAAUGGAUCUUCCGCCAUAUCCAGGAACGGAUUGUGUAAUGGAUAUUACCAAACUGUCAAAAAUAUAA